AUGAAACUACGAGAGAACUCAAUAUCUCAACAAGGAGAAUCAUUGGAAACAAAAGUAAGUCAGAUUUAUGUUUAAAAUGGUAAAGGUUCAGAGACAAAUUUAUAAAAUGGUAUGGAAGUAAAUGUGUUGAUUCAAAGCGAUAUGGCAAUGUCCUAAUAAAUCAAAUUUAGCCAGCCAUAGCCAUAAGUAGCACCUGGGAAUAUGAUAAAUGAACUUAAACUUAGAAAGGUAAUUAUACAAGUAAUGACAUCUAAUAAGACCCUGAAGAAUAAGAUUCUUGACAUUUUCGAUAUAGUAUUCACAGUUAUUUACACUGGAGAAGCUGUGCUUAAAAUUAUUGGAAUGGGUUUCGUUAUGCAUAAACACUCCUACCUGAGAGAAACUUGGAACAUCUUAGAUUUUUUCGUUGUCUUAAUUGGUCUAAUAUCCAUUCUACCUAAUAUCCCGAACUUAAAAGCUUUGAGAACUUUAAGAGUUCUAAGACCUUUGAGAAGUAUCAAAGCUGUGCCAAGCAUGAAAAGACUGGUGGGAUCUCUCCUCAUGUCUAUUCCUUAGAUGCUAAAUGUUGUUCUUUUCCUUCUUUUUAUCUUCAUGAUAUUUAGUAUACUAGGGAUCUAGACGUUUCAAGGAGAUUAGUAUUUCAGGUGCAGAUUGACUCCUAAGCCUGUAUCAAAUACUCAUUGGCCUAUUGAUUUUACCUAAAAUAGACUUUGUGGUGGUUUGUAUGAAUGCAACUUGGGAACUUAUUGUGGAUCGCUAGGUCAAUAUGGUAUUUCAGUUGAUUAUGAUAACGUAACUUCUUCCUCGCUUAUUUACUACAACAUCAAUAACUAUGAUAAUAUAUUUUACGGUUUACUCUCUAUUUUCCAGUGUAUAACUAUGGAGGGAUGGACUUCCUAAAUGUACAAUUAUAUGGAUUCUAGUGGUAUAUUUGCUUGUUUCUACUUUCCAUUUCUUAUCAUUAUUGGAUCGUUUUUCCUGCUGAAUCUUUUCCUUGCUGUAAUUAUGAAAAUCUUUACUGAGAUGGAUGAAAAAUAGAAAUUUAUAUAAGAAGAAUCCUAAAGAAAGGAGUAAAUUUUAUUAGGGAAAAAGCAAGACGGCAUUCUUCAGUAGCUUAAUUUUAAUCAAAGAAAGAAAGGUUAAAAGCCUAAAAAGCCUUACUUUAAGAGCAUCCUCUAGAAUUAUAGCAAAAUCUAGAAUAAAGACUAAUUAAAUGAAAGCUUUAGGAAGCAUGAAAAAUCCCAAAGCCAAGACAGCAUGCAUAUAGAUAAUGAGCAAGAUAAUAGAUAAAGCAAUUAAGAUAUUUUGGAUAGUUCUCAGAUUGUACUUAUUAAUUAGUUGAGAGGUAAAAAGAAGUAAGAUCCAAUAUUCUUGAGGAUUUGCAAGCAUAGAGUAUUCUAAGGGAUUAUCACAUUGUCAAUUGUCAUGAAUACGAUUUGCUUAACUUUAGAUGGGUACCCUGCAAAUUAAGAGCUUUCGAGUAAAUUAGAUCUCAUGAAUCUGUCAUUUUUUGGCAUUUUCUUUUUUGAGAUGAUUAUUAAAUUUUUAGGUUUAGGAUUUAAACAUUACUUGAGAGAUAAAUUUAACGUGUUUGAUGGAUCUAUAGUGAUUCUGAGUGUUGCGGAUGUUAUUAUAAACUACACUAUAAAUAAAAAUGCUAGUACAAGCAAUGGAGCGAUCUCUGCUUUUAGAGCUUUUAGAUUGUUGAGAAUAUUUAAAUUGGCUAAACAAUGGUAAAAGUUCUAGGAACUUCUAAGGACAAUUGCAAAUUCACUUAAAGAUAUUUCUAGCUUUUCAAUACUGCUAUUCUUGUUCAUGUUUACCUAUGUUUUAUUAGGCUUAGAGAUAUUUUCAAAUCAAGUUAAGUUUAAUGAUGAUGGAGAGCUGGAUUUGGAAAAUGGAAAAUCUCCUAGAAUCAACUUUGAUACCUUUUUUGAGGCAUUUAUGACCAUUUUUAUUGUGCUUACUGGUGAAAACUGGGAUGCUAUUAUGUAUGAUUUCACAAGAGCAAAGGGACCAAUUGCUAUAUUUUUCUUUGUCACAUUUGUCGUUAUUGGAUAGUUGAUUCUGCUAAAUCUUUUCCUAGCUAUUUUACUUAAGAAUUUCGAUGAAAGUUCAAUAGUAAAUAGAAAAGAAGUUGGCUCUUAGUAAAAGGGAUUGAAAGACUAGAUAAUUGAUUAUUUUAAAAAGAAACUAGAAGAUAUAAGAAUAGCUCGGGAGAAAAAGAACUAAUUAUAGAAGCAAAAAUACGAAAUUGAACAAAAAGAUGACAUAAAAAUAGAGUACUUUGGAAAAAUUUAAAAUCAGCCAGAAGAUGAAGAUGCUCUAAAUGGAGUUAACAAUAAAAAGACUCGUUUAAAUGAUUCAUUAGAUGUUAGCCAUGAAAUAGAAGCAGGUGAUAAGAACAAAAUAAGCAAAGCGCUGAAUAUAUUCUCUUAAAAGAAAAAUGAUUUGAACUUAUUCUCUGCAAAUAAUGAUGAUCCUCUUGGCUUUAAAAAGCGUAGAUCUAUAGCUAAUGUUAUUACAGCGAAAUUGAGACAAAACAUGCAAGAGUAAGGAUAUGGUCUUUGUGAAGGUAAAGCUCUAUAUUUUCUUGGGCCAAUGAAUAAAUUUAGACUUAAGGUAGCGAGGAUUGUUAAAUGGAAGUAUUAUGAUUAUAUGCUUUUGAUCUUAAUUGCAUUAUAAAGUGUUAUUUUGGCUCUUGACAACCCUAUUAACGAUCCAUCUGGUACUUUAGUUUAAAUUCUAUAUAUUUCAGAUGUAUUUUUUACAACUCUGUUCAUACUAGAAAGCUUUAGUAAAAUAAUUACAUUUGGUCUAUUUUUGAAUGGACCUUUAUCCUAUCUAAGAAAUCUUUGGAAUUUUACAGACUUUUCUAUUGUGAUUCUUUCACUAAUGUCACUUUUCUAUACAAACUCAAAUUUCAAUAGCAUAAAAGCGAUAAGGCUAUUGAGAGUCUUAAAACCUCUGAGAAUCAUUAGUAAAAACCAGGGGUUAAAGAUCGCAGUUUCAGCGCUUAUUAUGGCUCUUCCUAACAUCUUGAAUGUUAUCAUUAUAUCUUUUCUCUUCUUUUUAAUAUUUGGAAUUAUUGGAGUGAACUACUUCAAAGGUGCAUUUUUCUAUUGCUAUACAACUGAUACUUAUCCUAAAAAUAUAGUUUAAAACUUUGAUUGGCUUAUUAUGACAAAAUUCGAUUGUCUAAACUACGGUGGUAUUUGGGUUAAUAAUGACCAAAACUUUGACAAUAUCAUUUAAGCUAUCAUGACUUUAUAUUAAGUUUCAACAACAGAAGGCUGGGUCAGUGUAAUGUACAACGGAAUAGACUCUAUCGGGAUAGAUUACUAACUAAAAUCCUAUUAUAGUCCUUGGUGGGCUUUGUUCUUCGUUUUCUUUAUCAUCGUUGGUAACUUCUUUGUCCUUAACCUAUUCGUCGGAGUCGUCAUCUCAACUUUUAACAGAGAGAAAGAGGUUCUUGGAAAAAAUUUUCUGUUAACUCCAUAGUAACGAUAAUGGCUUGAAUAAAAGAAACUCUGCAUAAAGAUAUAGCCAAAAAUUAAAUAGCUCGAGAAACUCUAAAACCCCUUGAGAGAGUUAAUCAGGUAGUUAGUUAUUUCAAGACCUUUUGAGAUUAUCAUCUUAAGUGCUAUAAUAUUGAAUACAUUAGUUUUAAUGCUGUCUUGGUAUGGCUAGGCUUAGGAGUCAAUAAUUAUUCUCGAUUAUAUUAAUUACGUUUUUGCUGGCAUAUUCACGAUUGAAGCCCUCUUGAAGAUUACAGGUUUGGGGCCUAUAAAUUACUUUAAAGAGAGGUGGAACGUAUUUGAUUUUAUAGUGGUUGCAGGGACAAUUGGUUCUAUUUUGAUAACACUUUUCACUAGUGUUACUCUGGGAGCAGCCACUACAUUUAUCAGAGCCUUUAGAAUUUCUAGAAUAUUCAGACUUAUUAAGAGGGCAAGAAGACUAAAGAUUAUUUUUGAAACGUUCAUCGUUACCAUACCCGCUCUAACCAAUGUUGGAGGUUUGCUAGUGCUUUUUCUUUACAUCUACUCAAUAUUAGGGGUGUAAAUAUUUGCAACAGUAAAAUUGCAAGGAGAGUUAGAUGAAAAUGCUAAUUUUUAAACAUUUGGAAUCGCCUUCCUCACUUUGAUCAGAUGCUCUACUGGAGAGGCUUGGAAUGCAAUAAUGAUAGAUUCAACUAGAUAAAAGUCUGCUAUUUUCGACUGUGACGAUGGAGAUUUUGAUUAUGACAAAUAUGUUGCUAAUGGAAGCAAAACUAUGGGAUGUGGUUCAGAUGCUGGAUUUAUAUUUUUCACAAGCUUUUUCCUUGUGGUACCUCUAAUAUUUUUGAAUCUUUUCAUUGCUAUCAUCCUUUAGGGAUUUGAGGAUAUGAACUAAAAAGAGUUAAUAGUAAUUAAGGAAGAUUAACUUGAGCAUUUCAGAGAUACUUGGUGUAAAUAUGAUCCCUAAGGAACUGGCUUUAUCAGAAUCUAAAAGAUGGCUAACUUUAUGCUUGAUCUAGGUGAACCUUUAGGAUGGGAUGACAGCUAUAAGGAUAAUAUUGAUAUGUAAGAUGACUUUAUGGAGGAAAUGUCUAUAAAUACUUACAACUAGUUCAAGGAUUACCUCUUUUGGGAUGUUUUGCAAAGUUUAACCAAGAUACUUAUGGUUAAGCAAGAGUCAGAUAUGAAGGCUAAACAUAAGCGCAUUAUCAGCGAUGACCAGAGUGAGAAAAACGAGACAGAGGAAUAGAUGGAUACAUACACUCUAUUUGAAAAGAGAGUUCAAAUAAGAUUAGAAUUAGAAUUUGAAAUGUAUGAUGAGCAGAAAAAUGAUGUGAUUGCUGUUUAGGAUAUUAAAAAGAGAGAGUAUAAUGUUAAGAAGUAUUUAUUCAACAAGCAAGAUGAUAAUCUAACUAGUGCACAUGUUAAAGCUGGACGUAAAAUUUACCAAGCACUGUAAAGACUGAAAUAGACAGUUAGAGGCAGGAAAUCAGCAGCAAGGAAAAUAUCUUCAAAUAAUAAUCUUAGACUAUAACAUAACUAAUCAAGGCUCUCUGAAAGCUAGAGGAUCAUUGAUGAUGAACUAUAGAAAAUGGUAAUCAAUGAUAGACCAGCGAAUAACUAAGAUGACUUGUCAAUUAAUGAACUGGAAAGAAUUCUUGAAGAAGAGAGCAUUUUAUUUAAUCAGCAUGAGGAAGAGAAGAAAUCCUAUGAUAUGACCAAAGCUGAUUAAAGGUUAUAGCCCUAGUCGAAUCCAUAAAAUUACUCGUAACGUUUAAGAGACAAUAAAAAAGAAAAGAAGGAUGAAUUGAACGAUAGAGAAAGAAUAGAAUUUGACUCAGAGGAUAGUUACCUCGAUGAUGAUAUGAAGCAGAUUUUCAAAACUUAUGACGAUAGUAAACCAAAGCGUUCAGGUACUAAUAAUAAUGCCAAAACUGAUUAGAAUGAGCAAAUGAGGUUAGUAACUAAGAUAGAUUCCUCCGAUACUAAAUUUAAAAUCUGA